UCGUAGUCAACAAUUCCUCCUGCGGACUCGAAUGCUGCAUCUACACAUCUCCUGCCCAGUCUGGCCUACUCCAUUUCGUGAAUACCAGGGAAUUAUCCGGAAAACCCUCUUCAAUGUCUAACGGGGCGCAACCCAUACCUGCAGAGCAGUUCGCUCUUGCCAUACAAGACCUUCCUGUCGAGAACCUCUACUCGAAAGCGCAUGAAAUCCAGAAUUCCAUUUCACACCUUGAGAGGUCAAAUGCACAACUUCAAGAAUACAUUGACACUAUCACAUCAGACACAUCUUUACUUGAGGCGACGAGACAGGAGGGUGACAAAGACUGCUCGGAGGCAAUCCAUGAGAAUGUCAUCGUGAUCAACCGUCAGAAAGAGAGGAUCGAGCUAUUGAAGCAGGAGGUGGAGAGACGAGGUGGCAGGUGGCAUGAGGCAGACAGUGAGGGGAAGGUUAAUGGCAGCUCGGCGGCAACGACCACAAACGACGCGCCAGCAGCACCCACGCAAGGCGCAGGAGGCCGACUGACUGAAGCCCAAUUACAACAACAGAUGAUGGAACGAUUGGUCGAGGAUGAGAAUGGCAACGACCAUGAAGGCAUGCAUUUGUGAUCGCAUCCAUGAAAGAUGCAUUCAUGCUUCAAUCGUGGAAAUGGGAUGUUGAUAAGUCUUCUUCCGCAAUGUGUUGCAACGCCUACGACCCACACAAACAUCCAAAGCAAGCGCAACAAACGCUCCCAACGACAUCAAGACUCCGAGCUGGGAGCGCAUCUCGAGUUCCCUUCACCCGCUAUGGGAGUCAGUAGCUUCCGGAACUCGACGUGGCUAGUCCACGUGUACUCUCUCAAAAGGCCUCCCCAGUAUGGCUCAGGUUAUUUUAUGUACGGGAACGCGCAGUCCAGUAAGCACU